ACCCCACACACAUUAUAUAUUUGCUCCCUCAAACUGUCAAACAUAAAAAGAACUCAGCCAUGGCCGCUGAAAAUUCCGCCAUCAACAAGAAAUCAAGCUCCUCUUCAGGUAAAGGAGCAAGGCUGUCCCUCAUCCUUGCUCUUGUAAUUGGGUUUGGGAGUUGGCCAUUCUAUGUCGCAAUCCAACCUGAAAAGCCCAAACUUUGCGGGUCGGAUGGCGGCCCACCCGUUACCUCUUCGAGGAUCCGGUUAAGGGAUGGCCGGUUCCUGGCCUACUCAGAGAGUGGGGUGGAUAAGGAGUUGGCGAAGUACAAGAUUGUGUUUUGUCAUGCGUUUGCGAGUUCUAGGCUCCAUGGGCUUCAGCCGUCGCCUGAUUUAGUGGAAGAGCUAGGUGUGUACAUGGUGGGCUAUGAUCGAGCUGGUUACGGUGAAAGUGAUCCCAACCCAAGGCGGUCUCCGAAAAGUGAGGCAUUAGAUAUACAAGAGCUUGCGGACGCAUUGAAGCUUGGCUCUAGGUUUUACUUGAUUGGUAUCUCAUUGGGAGGUCAUGCUGUUUGGGGUUCCAUCAAGUACAUCCCAGGAAGGCUGGCUGGAGCUGCACUUUUGGCUCCUGUUGUGAACUAUCGUUGGCCUGGAUUUCCGAAGAAUCUCAUAACAGAGGCAUACAACAAGCAACACUUGGGCGAUCAGUGGGCUCUCAGGAUUGCAUAUUACGCACCCUGGUUGUUCAACUGGUGGAUGAAUCAAUCUUGGCUUCCAACUUCAACAGUAAUCAGUGGGAAGGUUCACCUGCCCAAUCGCUGGGAUUCUCAAGUCCGUGACCAAGCCUUAUCUAAUGGGAUGGCACAAAAGAGAUUUCAACUGGCAACACAGCAAGGAAUUCACGAGUCCUGUUACAGAGACAUGAUGGUGACAUUUGGAAAGUGGGAGUUUGAUCCUAUGGAUCUCUUGGAACCGCCAUUUCCUGUUCAUUUAUGGCAAGGCGAUGAAGAUGGGCUUGUUCCGGUCACACUGCAGCGUUUCAUUGCCAGCCGUCUCAAAUGGAUUGAGUAUCAUGAACUCUCAAUGACAGGGCAUUACCUUCCAACUGUUCCAGGCCUUGGUGAUGUUGUGCUUAAAACCCUGUUGGUUUCAUCUUGAACUUGAAAACUUUUUAAUGCGAAGUGCCUGAAAAUGGGGAUUCACCCCUUUAGCAAAUUAAACGUGCUCAGUAAACAUAUAUUUCUAAUUAACAUAUAUGUAUACCAGCUCAGUAAAAGGGAUGGAUGGUAUAAGAGUACUUGAAACAGUUGUGGAAUUUAUUUAUGCAUUUUGGUGAAAUUGCUAGCA